CACUGACUGUGAGAUUGGAUUGAAUUUUCAAUAUUUUGCAAAUCAUUGUCACAAACAGUGAUCUCUUCUCAACUCAUCCAACACUUCCAGACAGUGACCGACCCAUCAAUCCUUCAAAAUGAGCGAUCAUUUGGGAAAAGAUAUGCGAAAAGUGAAGAAAGAGGAGGAGGACGACAAAGACAAGGAGAAGGAGAUCAAGACUCUGGAUGAGGCAGACAUCGCUCUGCUCAAGACAUACGGUUCGGGACAAUACAGUCGAUCCAUAAAGAAAGUGGAGGACGAGAUCCAGUCGAUCCUGAAGCGCGUGAAUGAGUUGACGGGAAUCAAGGUCAGCCUGUGGCCAGACCGCGGGGGGCGGGAGACCCUGAACCGACGCCUGUUCGUCUGGGACGUCUUGCUUUACAUAAUCAAUGUCAAACAGUUCGCUAAGUUUGUGGUCGAUUUGGCCGACACUGUGGCCCCCACUGACAUCGAGGAGGGCAUGCGGGUGGGCGUCGACCGCAACAAAUACCAGAUCCACAUCCCUCUGCCGCCCAAAAUUGAUCCCACGGUCACUAUGAUGCAGGUCGAGGACAAGCCGGACGUGACUUACAGUGAUGUCGGCGGCUGUAAAGAGCAGAUCGAGAAGUUGCGGGAAGUCGUCGAGACUCCACUCCUUCAUCCCGAACGGUUCGUUAAGUUGGGAAUAGAGCCACCAAAGGGUGUCCUACUGUUUGGUCCUCCGGGAACCGGUAAGACUCUGUGCGCUCGUGCCGUCGCCAACAGGACUGACGCCUGCUUUAUAAGAGUUAUCGGCUCUGAAUUGGUUCAGAAAUACGUCGGAGAGGGCGCCCGAAUGGUGAGAGAGCUCUUCGAGUUGGCCCGCAAUAAGAAGGCGUGUCUUAUAUUCUUCGAUGAGAUCGACGCCAUCGGUGAUAGACAAAUAGUACAAAUUGUUAAAGAAUAUUAA